UUUGGGUCCUCAAUAAAUUUUUAUUUUCAUUGUUUAUUAUCAUCUUCUUUAUCCUUUGAAACUUGUGGGCUAUGUUAUAUUAAUAUAUAAUAACAUACUAACCUUAGAAGUUUUUUCUUCUUCUCCUUCUCCUUCUUUGUUUAAGCUUCUUGUGUUUUGGUUUUGUGAAGUGGGGGUGUAUAAUUUGAUAUGAUGGGUGGAGGUGGCAAUUUGGUUAGUACAAUAAUUGGAUUUGGAAUGAGUGCAACUUUCAUUGUAUUUGUAUGUGCAAGAAUAAUUUGUGGAAGAUUUAGAGAAAGGCAUGUGAGAUCACGUACUAUAUAUGAGAUUGAAUCAAGACCAGAUAUUGAACGGCCAGAAUAUCAUGCUAAUGAACCUGAACCUGCAUUUGUUGCUGCAAUCCCCACUUUAAAUUUCAACCAAGAAGCCUUCAGUGCCAUCCAAUGUACACAGUGUGUGAUAUGUUUAGGAGAUUAUAAAGAAAAAGAAGUAUUGCGCAUAAUACCUUAUUGUGGACACACUUUUCAUCUUUCUUGCAUUGAUAUGUGGCUAAGAAAACAAUCUACAUGUCCUGUAUGUCGUUUGACAUUGCAUAAUGUUUGUGAAGAAAAACAUGUGAGACCUGUCACAUUCACCAUAAUACAAUCUCUCAAUGAGUCUAAUACUCCACAAGGGAACAGUGAUAAUGAGAGACAAGUUGAAGUUAAUGCAAGAGAAACAGAAUCAGGGUUGUGAUUAAUUUAAGAGAGGUUAUAAAGAAGUUGUUAUAUAUUCUUGAUCCAUUUUUUAUAAGGGAAUGGUUUUUAGAAGAUAAAGUAGCUAGUGAUACUCUUUGAUUACACUACAUGAUGAAAUUUUUGUGGGUUUUACUUAAUAAUUUGGAUUUAUUUAUGUUUAGUGAUUAUUUAGUGAAACCCACAUGAAAUAUAGUGAAUGAUAGCUAGUAUAUAUUGAAGAAAAAAAAAGUGUCUUGGUAUGUUUC